ACCGAAAAUGAUGAGUCAAAUUCCUCUCCUAGCUCACCCUUUUUUUCAACUAAAGUAAAUGGAUUCUUCUUGAAGGCUGAAACGUGGGAAAUCCCAGAGGAAGAGGGGUUGAGGUCAUGGCCAAAACCGCGCUUUGACCAUCUAAUGUCUCCUUCCCCGCGGAAACACAUUCGAAAUCAGAAAACCAACAGCACUCUUCAAAUUCAGUUACCUUCUCCAAUCUGCUUCUGGCACUGGAGUUGACAUUUACGGAAUGCCAUUGUACAGAAGAAAGGCAAUUCCUUUGGCGGCUAAGCCCCCUGAUCUAAAGCCAGAUGAGUUAGUCUUCCAAGUUAGAUUCACAAAGGAGAUAUUCAGGGAUUAUGGUGAUUAUGUAAAGCGGAUAAAUCUUUAUAAACAGAGGAUCUGGACAUGCAAAUUAACUGGGAAAAGAAACUUGACAUAUGAUGAGGCACUGGUUUCAGAAAAGGAAGCUAGUGAAGAGGCCCAACGGUUCCCAAAAGAACUGAUGGCUCCAGUACUCCGUGAUGUUCAAUUUAGUAUGCUUAGUUUAAAAGAGCUUGCCAAUAUGAUUGCUACAAAGCUCCAGGGCUGCUUGUCAGAGGGUAGUGAACUGUAUGGCAGGAUGAAGAAUCAUGUUUAUCCAUGCAAGAUAAUAAGAGUUGUGAAGAAAAAUAAACCUCUAUAUCAGGUUUCAUGGAUGGACAAAUAUGAUGAAGUACGUGAAAAUACAUUGUUAAAGGAAGAAGAUCUUAUAUUACAGAAGCUCCCUUGUAGUAAAGGUGCUCUGAAGCUUUUCAUCAGAGAGUCUACAUAUCAUAGCUUUCCUUGGAUCAUACAUGACAAGUUGGCAAAAGUCCAUGGUAUCCCAACUCAUCUUCCAGAAGAGCUGAAAGGAAAAUUCUCUCUGCAGGAGGGGGUGAUUGUUAAAAACAGAAAGAGCGAGGACCAUGGUAUCCCAACUCAUCCCCCGGAAGAGCUGAAAGGAAAAUUGUCGCUGCAGGAUGAAGUGAUUGUCAGAAACAGAAAGAGAAAGAAAAAUGGAGAAAUACAAAAAGGCGUGGAAUUUAUUGAGUUGCCAGAUGACUCAGGUCCAAAAAGGACGGACAUAAGAACGGGAAAAGCAAAGUGUUUGAAGCAAGAAGAGUGUAUUGAAGGUGACACACCCAAGACACAUCCGAUUAAAUACCCCAUUGAUGAUCUCCUGGUGCAACCUUCAGACAGUGAUAAAAAACUGACUGAACGUCCUUGUCCACAACGUGAUUUCAAUGUCCCAAUGCAUUGUGUGGGGGAUCUUUUGAUGGUUUGGGAUUUCGGCAUUACAUUCGGGAAGCUUUUGCAUUUGUCACCAUUCUCUCUUGAAGAUUUUGAAAAUGCCAUAUGUCACAAGGAUAGCAAUGUUGUUCUCAUCAUGGAAUAUCAUGCAGCUCUUAUUCGAUUCUUGUUUGAAGACAGUGGGGUGUAUCUCACUGACACCCCAAAUAGAAAACACAAGCCUAAGAUUACAUUGAUCACAUGGACUGAGUACUUAUCUGAUUUCUUGGAAACGGCUGGUAUUGCUGAGAUGUCUUCUCAUAUCACAAAAAUUAAAUGUGGUCAGUAUGGCCUUCUAGACAUUCCUGCCAAAUUAGUUAUCCUACGGGAACUUGUUGCUCAAGCUCUUGAGUCCGACAGUUUCAAGCAAAAGCUGGAUGGGGAUAUCGAGAAGAGGCAGGCACUGGUUGCUGCAAAGAGGGAUGAAGUUAUGGAAGAAGGUAGAAAGAGGAGAGAAGAAAAAGAGCGCUCAAAGCCUCAGUGUGCUGGAAAAGAAACAAUAAACAACUCGAUAGAAUUUUUGGAUACAAUAAACAACUCUUCUGCUCAUUUAAAAAACCUUUCCUCUGAUGACAGCAAAAACAGACCAUCUGAAGUAACUUUUAAGAACGAUAAGAAGCAAGAGAUAAAUAUGAAAGCUGCAACUGAGUGCAUGGGCGAUUCACCAAAGAAAGAAGAUAACAAGAAUGAAAUUGAGAAAUCAACACAAAAUAAGUGCAAGGACCAUUCUCCAAAUGCUCAUAAAGUGCUGAAGAAUGAAAUAAAGGAAGCGCUUGAAAAUAGAAGCAAGGAACAGAGGAGGCAAUAUCUUGAGCGGGAAAUAGAGAAGACAAUAAUACGCACUAAUCCACUUGGGAAAGACAGAGAUUAUAAUACAUAUUGGUUUUUCAGACGUGAUGCAAGAAUAUUUGUGGAGAGUCCUGAUUCCACUCAGUGGGGGUAUUAUCGUUCCAAAGAGGAGUUUGAUGCUCUGCUGGGCUCACUCAAUGUGAAAGGUGUCAGGGAGAGAGCACUUAAAAAGCAAUUGGAAAAGUUCUACACCAAAAUCAGUUCGGAGUAUCAAAAGAAAACAAAGGAAGAAGCUCAAAGAGUUGCAAUGGAAGAAGCUGUUGUCCGCAGGUCUAGCCGCUUCAAGGCCCUACCAAGACCAGCAAAAGAUGAUCCCGCCCUUGCUUUCUUGAAGUACAUCAAUAAGUGGAAUACCACUAGACUGUAGAAGACUGCACUUUUUGCUUUAUUUGAUGGCGCAUCUAAAAGUAACCUUCUCUACCCAGCGUGGCCAUGAUAUGAAUGAAGAAUUCAUUCCAGUCCUAUAGCAAUGACUUUUAAACAGGAAAAACUCAAUUUUGUAGAUCAUGCUUAUGGGGCUAGUUUUAGACUUUUAGGUGUUAUUAUGCCCAGCCGAAGAAGAUAAAUUCUCAUGUGUUUGUCUUUUUUACUGGAGCAGAUAAUAGACAGUUUUUUAAUCAUCAUAAAAAAAUGUUUGGUAAACACAUUUUACGAGUUUCUACUUUCUACCAUUUCAAGGCUGAAGUCUAC